UGUGACGGCUGCCUUCCAGGCAGCUCCGAGAGGCAGCGGCGGGGCUCCGGGCCUGCCUCUAACGGCGAGGACGGGCACUCACCGCUGCCACCGGCCCCUCCGCGGCACACACGACACGAGCCGACGCGCCCAACCCGCACGUGCCGAGCACCAACCUCAGCGGGUCCCGCAGCGCGGCCCCGGCCCGGCCCGGCCCAUCCCACCCCGCCGCGCUCCGCAGCCCCGGGGCAGCCCCGGGGCAGGGGCGGACGGCGCGAGGGGGGGGGGGGCACGCGCGGCCGCAGCAGAGCCCCGUUACCCCCCGCCCGCCAGGGGCGGCCGAGGCCGCGGCACGUGCCCGGCCGGAAGUGCGUCGGCAGGAGCGGAAGCGGAAGCGUCGGCGGCGCUAAUGGCGGCGGAGGUGGCGGCGGAGGUGGCGGCGGGGGCUGCCCCGCGGCUCUCGAUGGGGGCUCCUCGGGCUCGGAGGAUGAGGCACGGCCCAGCCCGGCGGCGGCGGCGGCGGCGGCGCAGAAGCGGGAGGGGUGGCUGCGCAAGUUCCGCGAGCUCCACAUGAAGCGGAAUGAGGCUCGCAAGCUGAACCACCAAGAAGUGGUGGAAGAAGAUAAAAGGCUUAAAUUACCGCCGAACUGGGAAGCCAAAAAAGCACGUCUGGAAUGGGAGCUGAAAGUGGAGGAAAAGAAGAAGGAAUGUGCAGCAAGAGGAGAAGACUAUGAGCGAGUUAAACUUUUAGAGAUCAGUGCUGAGGAUGCCGAGAGAUGGGAAAGGAAAAAGAAGAGGAAAAAUCCAGAUCUAGGAUUUUCAGAUUACGCAGCUGCUCAGUUGCGCCAAUACCAGAGACUAACCAGGCAGAUCAAACCCGAUCUGGAGCAGUACGAGAAGCUGAAGGAACAGUAUGGUGAAGCACUCUAUCCAACAUCUGACAGUCUUCUCCAUGGAACUCAUGUGCCAACUAAGGAGGGGAUUGAUAGAAUGGUUGCAGAUCUUGAAAAACAAAUUGAAAAACGUGAAAAAUACAGUAGAAGACGUCCUUACAAUGAUGAUGCGGAUAUUGACUACAUUAAUGAGAGAAAUGCCAAGUUCAAUAAGAAGGCAGAGAGGUUCUAUGGGAAGUACACGGCUGAAAUUAAACAGAACCUGGAGAGAGGAACGGCUGUCUGAACUGACGUCCACCAAAGUGCAUACUACUGCCUUUCUAUGCUUAUUAAAGUUUGAUGUGGAUAUUUUGCAUGCGCUCUUAAACUGUAUCAGAAAUAUACUUGGUAGACCUCAAAGUAACUUGUAAAAUCAAUAGUGUAUUUAAUACAAUAGACGUAAUGCGUGCAGUGUAUAGCAUCAGCUGUAUAUAGCUUUUACUUGCAGAAGUAGCCAGCUCCUGUUUCUCAUUCUAAAUAAAUAAAGCUCUUGCCACAUGA